GCGCCGACGGCACCGACAGCGAGUCGGACCGGGCGUGCCCCGCCGGCUCGUGGCUACGCGCGGCGCGCCUCUUCAGCGCCUUCGCCUUCGACCAGCGCGCGCAGAUUGGCGCGGUGCACUCGGCGAUCACGCACAGCGGGAGGCACUACUGGCUCCAGGUUGCCGACCUCAUCGACCGCUUUUGGGUGUUCGACUUCCGAAACGGCGAGCGGUGGAAGGCGCUGCACCGGCUGCUCGACGAGGCGCAGCGCCCGAAGGACAACACGCUGCACACGGCGCGCGUCGACGCGCCGCCGCGCGUGGGGAGCGCCGGCCCGCGCCUCGGGUGGACGCACAGGGGAGGGUCGAGGCGUGAGGCCGCUGCGGGCGCGGGACGGAGAUCGUGGCUGUCGGCGCCGCUGGUGGACGAGGAGGCAAAGGCGGGCGGCGACGUCUCCGCCUCGUGGGAGCGCCGGUUCGCGCUCGCCGAGCCGCCGCGCGUCACGUGGGCUGCGGUCCGGCCCGCGCCGCCGCUCGAGGGCAGGCUGCCCGAGAAGCUCGCGGCGGGGCUUGAGGAGGCGUGGCAGCGCGUGUGCGGCUCAACGCGCGAGGAGGCGGAGAAGGAGCGCUUCGGCCGGGGGCGGAAGGAGGUCGAGAGGCGCGCCUUCGAGGCGUGCCGCGCCGAGUGGCGCCGCAGCGAGGAGGCGCGCUCCGCAGCAGCCGACGCGUGGCCGCGGAGGUGGGCGCUCGGCAACCGGUCCGGCUUGCUGCCGCACGCGCGCGGCCCUCUCUCCCUCGCGUGGCAGAGGACCCUCGACUCGGACCUGCUGGCGGCGGGCGGCGCGCCUCGCCGCGCCGCAGCAGAGGGGGGGAUCCCUCCCCGGCGGGACGGACCCGGCGGGGCGGCGUGGGCGGCGGGCGACGCAGGCGACGAGGGGCUCGGCCUGCUGCCGAUGCACAUCGCUUGCCACUGGAGCAUCGCCAAGUCGGGCUCCGUGGGGGGGCCGCUGCCGCACACGCUCAUUUUCCACGCCACGAACUCGUGGGACAAGGAGCACGCUCUCAAGUCGCUCGGGCUGUGGCACUUCGAGGCGAGCCUCGCACGCCCGCCGGCCACGUGCGGGAGAGGAGGAGGCGGCGGCGGCUGCUCCGGCCCCGAGCAGCUCAUCUGGGCGAGGGGCGGCCGGCCACGCGUACUCGCCUUCGCGCCUUCGCUCAGCGAGCGGCGAGACACACGGGGGCUCGCCACGCCGAACUCGUCGGUGCACGCCACCGAGGUGGUUGCGCCACUGCUGCUCGGCGCUCUCGCGAGCGGGCGGCUACCCGCGCUCCCCCGCCUGCCGUGCGGCACCGGGGGUCCCUCGCCGUGGCUCGUGUGGCACGGUGGCUUCAAGACGCGCUCCGCCGAUCAGCGGUACGUGCAGGGCCUCUGCCGGCACGGCUCGUGCGGCAUCUACUGGGUGGCCACCGGCAGCACCGACGCCGCCGAGCUCGAGGCCGCCGACGCGGCCGCCCGCGAGUUCGGGGGCGGCGCGAGCCCCUUCCCGCGCGCUCGCUCGCUCGGGCGAGGCCCAGUGCGGUGCGCGCCCUUCUCCGCGCUGUACGGCCGGCACCCACUCUCGCACGAAGAGUGCAAGGAUGGUAAGAAGGCUUGGCUGCUGCAGCCGCCGGCAUGGGAAGCCUACCAGGAGCUGCUCGGCGCCGCCGCCACGCCGCGUGCCACUUGUGCGCCGGCGGAGGGGCGCGCGUGCGCAGCCACUCUCCAUAUCGACGGCGUCGGCGGCGGCGGUAGCGGAGCGGCGAAAGAGGCGCCGCUGGUCGAGUAUGCGGCGCUGGCAGACGCGCUCGCUCGCACUGACAGCGCGGGCGUCGUGUACCUUCCCUCUCGGCUCAGGGUGCGGGAGGCGAGCAUCCCGCGCGACGUGCGCAUGAAGCUGGAGCGGUACUGCAGCCAGAUCUUCGACGAGGGCGACGCUGCGGCGCCCGCAGCAGCGCCACAGGCGCCCACCCCAGCGGCGCGCGAGCGAGCGCAAGGCGGCGGAGGGGGCUGCUGCGAGAUGAAGUGCGUCUCUGCAGUGGCAUAG